UUCAAACUCAAGCACACCUCUCUGCUGUGCUCCUCUCCUUCUGUGACAGCCCCAGCGUUCUACCUUCCGCAGAGGCCCAGGAAUCUAAACCAGUACCCAGGGCGGAACAAGAUAUGUAGGGCAGACGAGAAGAGACUCCCUAGACUGUCAACCUUCAUGGAGCUGCCUGAGCCAGCCAAGCCAACCAGUCCAGCCAAAAGCCCUCCAAACUCAUCGGGCAGCCGGGCCGCAAUGGCCACUCCAGCAGCCCCAGCAGCCCUAGCUGCCCCAGCUGUCCCAUCUCCCUCAGCCUCUCCAGCAGUCCCAGUUGCCCCAGCUGUCCCAUCUCCCUCAGCCUCUCCAGCAGCCCCAGCUGCCCCUCCAGCAGCCCCAGCAGCCCCAGCAGUCCCAGCUGCCCCAGCUGCCCCAGCUGCCCCAGCUGUCCCAGCUGUCCCAUCUCCCUCAGCCUCUCCAGCAGCCCCAGCAGCCCCAGCAGCCCCAGCAGCUCCAGCUGCCCCAGCUGCCCCAGCUGCCCCAGCUGCCCCAUGUCCCUCAACCUCUCCAGCUGCCCCAGUAGCCCCAGCUGCCCCAGCUGCCCCAUCUCCCUCAGCCUCUCCAGCAGCUCCAGCUGCCCCAGCAGCCCCUCCAGCAGCUCCAGCAGCCCCAGCUGCCCCAUCUCCCUCAGCCUCUCCAGCAGCCCCAGCAGCCCCAGCUGCCCCAUCUCCCUCAGCCUCUCCAGCUGCCCCAGCUGCCCCAGCUGCCCCAUCUCUUCCAGCCUCCUCAUCUCCCCAUUCCUCAUCUUUCCCAUAUGCAGAAGAAGUAUCCAAGAUGGUGGCCUCCCGGGAAAAGAGAGCGGGGAUCUGGUUUCCUCACCCCGACGGGAUGGAAAAAUUCCCCGAGUCCACCACCACCAGCAUGCUGAGACAGCCUUUCCUCCCAGAAUGUCAGUGUAAGUUGAAGCAACUGCCCUCCUUCUACCAGCUCCGCCAGAAGCAAUUCAACAAAUGCAACUUCCCAUUUUCCAUACAUGAUAACAAGCAUGUCUUGAAAGACCAAGGCCAAGGUCUGGACGAUAACCUUGGGCGUAAGAGGACGACGCAGGCUCAUAUGCACUUCAGUAACACCAAUUUCAAUAGCUGGGCAUGUGACUACGUACCCAGCCCCAGCGACUGCAUAAGCACUUACACAGAGUCGUACGUGGCCAAGCCCACCCCACCAGCCUCGUGCUUUGGGCACUACCCAAGACAUCACUCUGAACGGUGGAAGACUUAUUCGACUUAAGGACGGACGCACCGCAUGGAGACAACUUGAAGGAAAGGAUGCUGUGAAGCCUUGCGGAUUCCCCUUCAAAGCGCCAACCUCGGGAGGUUUUCUUGCCCUUUUAUGUAAGGAAGGGGACAAUAAAAGAGGAUCCUUUGAAUUUAGCACGUUUGCAAACAAGUAGGACUAGAAGGUGACCCCUCAGGAGCCUCAGUUUCCCAGUAAUCAUUUUGAUGUAAGUUUCUUUAAAUAUAGAAAUGUUCUUAGAGGGAUUCUCCUAGGCAACAGGAGCCCCUGCCCCAUUCAGUACAUUAAAGCCGUCUUCCACUGUGGAUUUUAAAAACGAUGUCGAGGAAAAUCGAGGAACUCCCCAAUGAUGUAUUUCUGCAUUGUAACCCCCAAAUGGUUAGUACAUGAGUAAGAGGGGCUCAUUCAUAGAAAUAAACUCAUUGGGAAAACUCAUCGAUGCAUUUUGCACGAUGAGCAAUGCAAGAAGUACGAGGUUUGUCAGGUUUUCUGGACCUGCUGACAGCUGGGCUCUUGGGCCAGAAUGGUCUCCAGAAGGAGGAGGAAUGGCUUGGAAGGUUUCAGGGACGGAGUAUCUGUCACUGGCCUUGGGACGCAGGGCUGGCCCUGCUGGGAAUAAAGCCUAAGGUAAGCCUUCUGUUUUGUCAGCUGUGGAGUCUGCUGUCCCCUCAGAUCUGGAGGGGAACCUGAAUUCUGGGAUCUUUUGGUUUGCGCCUCAGUGUACGUACGAGCAACAUGGAAGCCCUCGAAGGGAGAAUUUUUCUUUAGAAAGGCACUAUUUCACACGGCUUGUCGGCAUGUAUUGUACAGUGGAAUUCUUAGUUCAAUAAAGAAAAGCUUGCUUAUCAAAA